UGUUUAGGUGAGCUAGUAUAAUAUGACUAUGGAUGAACUGGUAUGGUAGUUAAGGUAGAUAAGUUUCCAUAACUUAUUGUAUUAUUGGCGACAUGUUUUAUGAGUAAGUAGACGUUAACGUUUCGCUAAAAGUGGAGCAAGAAUUCAUACGUUUGACAAAAUACCAUGAUGGACAUGCUGCGGAUGACAUGAUCACCCAGACAUUUUCAGCUAAGGCUUGGCACGUCUGUCACAAAAUCGCACUGUGCUUCCAAAUGAGCCACGCACCUCGUGAUGCAGCAGUGUUUAUUCUUCUUCUAUCAUUACAGCCUCGUCUACAACUCUGAUACUACCAAGAGACCAUAGAAACUCGACCUGUCUAUUCUAGGUGUCUGUUUCCAGUUUUAUUUGUCGGCUAAUGAGACAUCGCUGCUGCUUAAUCGGUGUGACAUCAUCAAUUUUCCGUCACAACCAUUACAUAUCUAACAAGGCUGAGUAAUCGAGGAAGACAAGGACAAAGCUACGUAAGUGGGACAGCGCGACGAGGACUUAACAACAGCUCUGACACAGUAUGGCGUCCAGGGAGCCGCCGCUUGCUCUAGCCAAACAGUAGGGUGAUGGCAGGGAGUGUUUCACUAAGUUAUUUUGAGUAGGCAGAGGAUGACAUGGCAGAAGCGGCAAGUCCACCGGGAAGCGCGUCCAGGGUGCAGUUUGACUCGGCUUUUCCAUAUGAGGAGUACGAGUGCAAAAUAUGCUACAACUACUAUGAUUUGGACCGCAGAACACCGAAAAUUCUGGAAUGCUUGCAUACAUUUUGCGAGGAAUGUUUAAACAUUUUGCACCUCCGCGAAGACCGACCUUGGUGCAUAGGAUGUCCGCUUUGUCGCCACAGAACGCCUGUGCCAGAAUACAGGAUACAAAACCUUCCGAACAAUACUAAAGUGACCGACGCUUUCCCCCUCUACUUUGACUCUGAUCCCCUUCCCCAGGAUAGUUUGCCGCCUUAUCCCCCGCCACUACACCCAGCACUCAUUGCACUUCGUCGCGAAGAAUCGGGCCGAGAAGCAACAGGAGCCCCGGCUGAGGACAGUGCGUCGGUCUCUGUGGUUGCUGCCGCCGCAUACGAAGCUGCUGGUUAUGAGUCCUGUCAGACUUGUAAGCGAGUUGCCUUCACCACGGGUUGUGUGUGCGCUAUCUUUGCUUUUCUGUCCAUGUUGGUGUUGUUAUUUUUUGGUCUCUUAUUCAUUCACAACUACAACAAUCCGCCGUCGCCAGUGGGGCCCAUAUGUCUGUCUGUAGCCAGCAUAUUGGCGAUGUUUUCAGUCGUUGUCACGUGGUUGAUGUGUUGGCUGAAAUACCGACCCGAACCGGACAGCGCGCGGUCCACCAUUGGUGGCAAUCGACGAAAUACCCGAUAGAACGUCUUGUGCAGACCUAAUGUAGGCCUUUAUGUAAACACGUGUAUCAGAAACACUUCGCAAACAUACUUAUAAACAAAUGCAAUUUAUGUACAGAGAGAAAACCAACGAAUAGUUGUGCCACGUAAGACUACUAGUCAGAGACUUUUCAGACAAUCACUUACAAAUGGUAACAUGUAAUCCUGCUGUGACUUGUGCUGACCUACAUAUGAAGAAGGUAAUCUGUGCCCUGUGGAUUAAAUGCAAACGUAGAGGUUUAACUGAGAAGAACACUGUAAUGUUUACUAUCACCGAGAGUUUGAUGAUAAAUAAAAUGUUUGUCAAAUCAGACAUACAAAACCUCGCUCACUAUUAGCCAGUUUCACCGAAUAAAUGCGCAUGCGUUUACGUGGGAGAGAGGAGUGCCAUACGUUGAGUGUCUUCUGUGCCAAAUUCAACCCCCAUCUGCCCUCUAGCGGCAGCUGGAAGUGGUUUUCCCAGGCAUGCUUUAAUAAAAAAAAUACUUCAAGUAAACGGAUGGCAAAAUCCAUGCCAAAUCAGACAUGCCCUGAUAUUCCAGUUUUUGGUUGAGGUAUAAUAGACUUUUAUAUACCCAAAUUGUCAAAUUUACAAGAAUUGGUAUUGCUGAAUGGCUUGGAUCUUUAUGUAACUGCUGUUACUGAAUUACAAGCCAGAUGAUAUCUCCUGUUCUGUAAUGGUUGCAAAAUACCAUAUCCACUCCUGAAAUAGUAAGUUUUCUUUUAGAAAAAUAUCUAUAAAUCGAGGAAAACAUUAAGAUAUGUAAUAGUUAUGGUUAUGGUAUUUGCAGAACAAUAUAAUAUAAUGCAGGUCAAGUCACCACUGCAAUGUUUUCUUUUCAGUUCAGUUCAGUUCAGUGUUCAGUGCAGUGGGAAAUGAAAGCUUGCCUCUAUUUGGAUAGACAGUUUUGAUGCUCACAGUUU